AUGGAGUUAUUUCAACCAUAUUUUCUUUAUUUUCAAAUUGUUAUUGAAGAAAAUGGUGAUAUCGUCCGAUCCGAGGAUGGUAAUAUAUGUUUACAACAAUUAGCAGAUGGAAGAUUAUAUUUUGUUGCUCCAUCCAAAGAUAUUUUGGAAAUGUUCCAACUUAAUCAAACAACACCAUCACCUCCAAAAGUAGAACCAAGUACAUCAACACCAAGUUCAUCGACAAUAAACAUACCACGUACAAAGUGGCCCAAAAAGGCAAUUGAUUUAUUAAUAGAAAUACGAAUUGAACUUGACAAAGAAUUUAAAAAUACCAAAACUAAACAAGAUGUCACCUGGAAAACUCUUUCGGAAGAGAUGAAAAAAAGAGGGUUUGAUUUUACUUCCACCCAGUGCAACGACAAGUGGCGAUAUUUAAAACAAAGGUACACUAGCAAAAAAGAUAACAUGGGAUCUCGAGGUACUGGAGAAGCCCCUGUAUAUUUUGAGCACUUUGAAAUGUUAGAUGCAUUUCUGGGGAAAAAACCAAAUAUAAUUCCAGUAGCCGUGGCAUCAUCUCUAAAAGGGGAUAGAGUUCCUCUUUCUAUGGAUAAUGCACUUAAUGAUGAUAAUGGUCAUGAUGAACCAAAAUCUAAAAAACGUAAAUUUAUGGAUACUUUAUCAACUAGUGUUAAAAAAAAUAAAACACCAAUAAGUGUUAUUGAAGAAAUGAAUACCUCUGCUCGAGACCGUGAGAAAAACAGAGAGCGUCGCCAUCAAGAAGAAAUGCAAGUACGAAACAGAGCAAUUGACAUCUUUAGCUCCAAGAUGGACGUCUUAUUCUCGAAAUUAGACAAAAUUUAG